UUUUUUCCUAUCAUUUCAAAACGAAGGCGAUUUCAAAUAAUGGGUAUCUGUGAUGGAUAAUGAACAGCCUCAUCAAGAGUUAGUCAAGUGUGUCGUUGUAGGAGAUACAGCUGUUGGAAAAACUCGACUAAUUUGUGCAAGAGCGUGUAAUAAGCAAGUAUCAUUAAGUCAAUUGCUCACCACUCAUGUACCAACAGUUUGGGCGAUUGACCAAUACAGAAUUUAUAAAGAUGUUCUUGAAAGAUCCUGGGAAGUUGUUGAUGGUGUUAAUGUAUCAUUACGACUAUGGGAUACAUUUGGGGAUCAUGAAAAAGAUCGUCGAUUUGCUUAUGGGCGAUCUGAUGUCGUUUUGUUGUGUUUCUCAAUUAACAAUCCCGUAUCAUUACGUAACUGUAAGUUGAUGUGGUAUCCCGAAAUACGCCGAUUUUGUCCACAAACACCAGUUAUUUUAGUUGGAUGUAAAAAUGAUUUAAGAUAUAUGUAUCGUGAUGAAACAUACUUAAGUUAUUUUCGUGAUCGAAGCCCAUUUGUAAGAGCAACGAGGAAAAGUGAUUUGGUUAUGCCAGAUGAAGCCCGAAGCGUAGCUAGGGAGCUGGGUAUUUAUUACUAUGAAACAUCUGUAUUCACAUAUUAUGGCGUCAAUGAAGUAUUUGAGAAUGCAAUACGUGCGGCAUUAAUGGCACGUCGCCAACAACGGUUUUGGAUGACAAAUUUAAAACGUGUACAACGUCCAUUGUUACAAGCUCCAUUUUUACCGCCUAAGCCAAUUGCUGCAGAAGUAUUAAUUGCACCAAGCAUGUAUCAAGAGAACAUGACAUCAUUAUGGUUGAAUCAAAUGCAUACAGAUUUAGUUUUAGUUGCCGGGUCAGUAGGUUUUCCCGUACACCGUUUCAUUUUAGCUGCAAGUUCCACUGCCUUUCAUCGUUUACUCACCAUGGAAUUAACAUCCGAAUUAGGUGCAAGGAGUAGCAGUGAAUCUAGUAUGGUAAGCACAUUCGGUGAAGCUACUGUUGGCGAAUUUAAUGAUGAUACUGAAUUUUUAAUAAGAGCAGAACAUAAUAAAUCUCAAACAAAGAUGUGGGAACAACUUAAAAGGCGUUCCAGUUGUCAAAUAUUGUCAGUUAGUGAUACAUUUAAGAAGACUGGUGCAAAUCGUGAGUUAAAUCAUCCAGCAUUUCAAUCGAUACGUGUUACACAAUGUGAUGGAUUACAAUCGGCCAACACCCAAACUGUGAUUACAUUAACGAAGUUGGUGACACCACAAGCAAUGCAUCAAUGCCUAAAAUUUAUUUACACUGGCACUAUUGAUAAACGAUUUUUGGAUUUACAAACAGCAUCUAUUGGAUUGCUUCUGGAAAUGCGACAAGCAGCUGAAUUUUUGGAAUUUCCACAAUUGAUGGUUCUACUUUCAAAUAUUCAAUCAAAUCAACAGUUUUUGAAUUGUGAGGCCAUCGAACAUUUUUCACAAACGUUUCGGCAACGAUUAGAAGAAUUGUGUUUAGAGCAAGGUUUAUUUGCGGAUGUUAUUUUUGAGUUAGAUGACGGUGCCUAUCCAGCCCAUAAACCUAUGUUGGUAGCACGUUGUGAUAUGAUGAAGGCAAUGUUUAGCGGUGAUUUUCGUGAAAGUCAAGCGAAAGUAAUUGUUUUUCCUGGUGUUCGUGAAUAUACUUUUCAUAAACUUUUGUGUUAUUUAUACACGGAUGAAGUUCCAUCAAUUGCAGCUGCUCGAUGUUUUAAUUUAUUGGAGUUAGCAAAUCGCCUUUGUUUACCUCGUUUGGUGAAUUUAGUUGAAUGUCGUGUCAUCGAAGACCUAGCGCGACUGGCACAGAAUGAUGGUAAUGAAGCUGUUGAACAUUGUCUAAGGCUAUUAGAACCAGUUAAGCUACAUAACGCACAUCAGUUAGCUGAUUGGUGUAUGAAUCAUUUAUGUAUAAAUUAUAAUAAAUUAUGCAAAAUGUCACCACGAAGUGUUCGAUUACUUCAUCCAGAAAAUCAAGAAUACUUAAGUGAACAUCGAUGGCCACCUGUAUGGUAUCUAAAGGAUUAUGAUUAUUAUCAAAAGUGCCUAGCGGAACGGGACAAAGAAAAUAAACCAACAUUGAAAAGAAAUCAAAAUAAUUCUGGAUGUUUAUGUUUCUCUGGUAAAUCACGUAAAGCUGCUGGUACUUCUGAAUCGAAUCCAGAUGUAUCGACCAGUUUAUUUGCAGAAACUGCAACUACUAGUAGUCAAGAUGAUAAUCUCUGACAAUUGGAUAAUGGGCAUAGGCACUGGAGAUCCCUCCGUUUCAUACUGAUUCUACCAGUGCUUAUGGGAUUCAUUUGCACGAUUUUAGCAAUAUUAAUCGUAUUACAAAUUUCUACACACGACGUAUAGAGUAACAACAAAACCUUAAAAAAUUUUGGUUUUUACAUUUUUAUAUUAACUCCGAAAAUACACACUCUUCAUUAAUUAUAAAAAUAAUGGGAGCUUUUGCGAAUUCGACUUUAUACUCUUCUUGUUUUGAACAAUUAUAGAAA